UUGGGCGAAAAGCGCUCCCGCGUCCGCUUCUCUCGCCUGUCCGCUCGUCCGCUCCCGGUGGCUGCAACUGUGUGGCGAUGUCUCCGUGAGAGGAAAAAAAAAAAAAAAAAAGUUGUGUUAAAUGUUUGAAAUACAACACGCACGCCGAGAAGGGGACUCCGCUCCUUGUGUGCGCGGCACCGGCCGGCGUGUGUGCGCGACAGACUCCGCCGAGCAGGGCCAAAGUAGUCCAGGACGCAGAGAAACUCUUCUUUUAGAAGAAGAAAAAAACACCAAAAAGCAAAGUAAUUCAAGCUGGCUCACGUUCUCGCCACCCAGCCCGGCGUGACAGCUGCUCCUCAGCCCGCGUGGAGGACUGUGAGCAGCAGCAAGAGGAUGGCAUCAGAGCUGGCAAUGAGCAACUCCGACCUGCCCACCAGUCCCCUGGCCAUGGAAUAUGUUAAUGACUUCGAUCUGAUGAAGUUUGAAGUGAAAAAGGAGCCGCUGGAGCCCGAUCGCAACAUCAGCCAGUGCAGCCGUCUCAUCGCCGGGGGAUCCUUGUCUUCCACGCCGAUGAGCACGCCCUGCAGCUCGGUGCCCCCGUCCCCGAGCUUCUCGGCGCCCAGCCCGGGCUCGGGGAGCGAGCAGAAGACGCACAUAGAGGACUUCUACUGGAUGUCCGGUUACCAACAGCAGCUCAAUCCAGAGGCGCUGGGCUUCAGCCCGGAGGACGCGGUCGAGGCGCUCAUUAACAGCAGCCACCAGCUCCAGUCGUUCGAUGGCUACGCCAGGGGGCAACAGUUCGGGGGCGCAGCCGGCGCGGGAGGCGCCAUGGCCGGGGAGGAGAUGGGCUCCGCCGCGGCGGUGGUGUCGGCGGUCAUCGCCGCCGCUGCCGCUCAGAACGGCGCUCAGCACCACCACCACCAUCACCACCACCACAGCGGGGCGAACGCGGGCGGCGGCCACCACCACCACCACCCGUCGCCGGGCGUCCAGUCCAACGGCGCGUCCGGGACCAACCACCCGCACAUGCGCCUGGACGACCGCUUCUCCGACGAGCAGCUGGUCACCAUGUCCGUGCGGGAGCUCAACCGGCAGCUGCGCGGGGUCAGCAAGGAAGAAGUGAUCCGGCUCAAGCAGAAGCGGAGGACCCUCAAGAACCGGGGCUACGCGCAGUCGUGCCGCUACAAGCGCGUCCAGCAGCGGCACGUCCUGGAGGGCGAGAAGACGCAACUGGUGCAGCAGGUGGAGCACCUCAAGCAGGAGAUCUCCAGGCUGGUCCGGGAGAGGGACGCGUACAAAGAAAAGUAUGAGAAGCUCAUCGGCAACGGCUUCAGAGAAAGUGGCUCCAGCAGUGACAACAACCCUUCGUCCCCGGAGUUUUUCAUGUCAUCCAGAAAAUUCCUCCAUCUGUGAUUUCAAGCCCCAUUCCUCCGUGCCCUUGGCUUCCAGAGACAACUCCACAACUGAGCAGUGAGGACAUCAGAGCGGCUGAUCAAUCACGUGAAGACACCCACAAAGCACAACAUUCAAAAAUUGUCUUCACCGGGGAACAAAAGACAGGACCUGCUGAAAUCCCUCAAUAUUGCUACUUCUGUCCCCUUCCCUGAUAUUUUAACUUCAGCUUUUUUCUACAAAACAAAAAAAGGGGGAAAAAAGACUCAACAUGAGAGACAGUGAAAUCGAGAGGACAACUUUCUCGUCAGCAGGAACUGCACUGAUGCAUGCUUCUGUAAAUAAUUCAUAAUAAAACCCAUACUCUAAAACCGGGACACAUACCAAGUCGUUCUCACCAUACCAUAAACCUUCACGACUGUGGGUAGUCCUCAUGGCCCACCAUUUUCCACAUGAAGCCACUACUAUUCAGACACCAUGUAAUUAUCAUUUCCAGUAUCAUUUCUCUUCAGCUUAUUGUGACUGUAAAAAAGCUAAAGUGCUUCCAAUUAUCACUGGCUUGGUCUCCGAACACCAAUAUCUACUUUAGCAUAUGUAAAUAGAGAUGGAUGACGAAUACAGCAUGAAACACCAUAAUGUGUAUCAUUGCAGCUCCAGAGUAUCAUAGCUUUCAACUUCCAUAUGUGUAAUUUUAAACAUCCUUUCUAUGAUAACGUAUUUUCUAAGAGUAACAUGAAAAGUGUUUUCUAUACUGCAUAGAGAUCUUACUGCAUAGGUAAAUCUAUUUGUAGACAAGCUUACAGCUAUUACAAGGCAACACACGAGUUCUAGCUGUGAAAAAAAAGUCAUACCUAAAAGGAAACGUUGGUGAAUCAGGGGGUUGAACUUAACUUGAAAAAAAGUUAUAUAAAUCUUUAUAUUGGUACCAUUCAUAUGUUUUCUUUCGUUCAGUAGCCUACUGUAUGUAUUAUUUACUAUAGCUGCCACGGCUGCCAACCCAGGAAGAGGAACUUUGGCUUUGCAUGGUUGCAUAAGGUGCUUUCAUUCCAACCUAAUACUCUGGGAGAAAGAACACCUCCACCAUCGAUUGUAGAUAUGAGGACACCGCAACCUCUGUCUUCAGUGGACCAUUAAGAUCAAAUGGACAGAUAAGAUGCCAAACCAGUGCACGGACAACCUCAACUGGGACAACAGGCAACCUUUACAUGGUCAACAGGGAACUGAACACCUCACCUCUACCGUACAUCCCCUACCUCUUACUUUGUGGUGACUUCUCUACAAUCCCGUCAGUCAAGUCAGUCCACUCUCCCCCGCUGCAUGCCAAAGUGUUGGAUACAGAUGUUACGCUGGGGGAAAGUAAAAUAAUAUUUCAGUUACGGUAGAUGCUCAGUGACAUAAACAGUCAAGGCUUGCAGGUUCACAACCAAAACACAGCAUUGCUCACAUAUGCCACUGUAAAUACUGUAUGUACAGUAUGUCAACUAUGUAUAGCUCGGGAUGCUGUACUCUGCAUGUUGCGUUCUAGAAGGAUAGGCCUCACCAAUUCUCCCCACAAGUAGCUCAUGUAGUUUUACUUCACAUAUUCUUAUAUUGGACAAUGUUCUUCAGCCAAGUAGGCAGCAGUGUGGUGCCAAUAGGUCUUAAACUCUUUGAAGGGACACGUAACCACACUUUUGAUGUGGGACAGAA